AUGGCCACGAUCGAGCCAAGGUUAAUACACCUCCUCAACAACUCACAAACCCCCGAUCUUCCUCCGAUCCAAAGCCUUCCCCUGGAUGGCUCGGUCGAACAGUCGCAAUCACUCGCGUUGCCCCCGCUCGAAUCAGAUGUCAGCCAGCGAGGCGAUCGAAAUGGUCCAAACCAGAUACCGCCGAUUUCGACCGUCAGUAACAGCAACACGCAACUGCCAGGGAUCGGCUCGUUGACCGAAGACCCUUCCUCUCUCGACAAUCCAAAUCAACUGACGGCAUUGGCCCGCCCCCUUCAUCUCCUUCUUGGCGAACCGGAGCCGGCUGCCCCUUCCCCCUUUUCACUGCGCAGGAUCGUCGACGAUGUUCAAGAGGCUCAGGAUGAUGGCUCUAACAAGAAGAGGCAUCGCGCACUUACAACCAAGGACGACUUUGUCCAACUACCCCAGCCCCUGAAAAAGCAGAAAUCAGCCCAGCUUGUUCAACGGGGCGUAGUGCCUCCCAUCAUUGCCGGCCUCCAUCAGCCCCCACCAAAUGCUGCUGUCUUCCCACCGAUCACUUCGAACCCUUAUCAUCAUGGCGAACCGUCAAACAUGGGCCUCUUCGGCAGCGUUGAAGAAAGAUCUCUUCCUUUACACCUUCAGCAACACCGCGCUCAACCGCUACCCCAACCGAUAUCGCAGCCGCAGCCGCAAACUCCCUCGGAACUAGACAAGAGUAUUGAACUGAGGGCGAAGAGGCGGGCGACAAAACCGAGGAAAAAGUGGACGGAUGAAGAGACAAAUAAUCUUCUGCUUGGCGUGAGCAAGCACGGCGUCGGGAAGUGGACAAAUAUCUUGGAGGAUCCGGGGUUCAAAUUCAACGGCCGGUCCGCGGGAGAUCUCAAAGACCGAUUCAGAACAUGCUGCCCUGAUGAGUUGCGAGGGCAGCUGGUCAAAAAGCGCUCCAAGAAUGGGAAUGCCCCGACCCCGACGUCUGAGCCAAAUUUGCCAAGUGACAUCUCGAGACCCAAGAAUGGCCUGCACCUCGACGAUAUCUUGAGUGGCGAACGACCAGGCGUCGUGGCUGCCGAACCAGAUCAGCAAUUAUCGUCAGCACAGCCAGACUCGGACCCGCCACCCAAAGUAAGGAAGAGCAGGGCUCACAGGAAAAAAAUGGAGGACCUGGUCGAGCUUGGAAUUUGCGGCCCUUUCAAGAAAUCACACCGUCGGGAACGACGGCCGUUCACCGAUGAGGAUGACAGGCAGAUUCUUCACGGUCUCGAACAAUAUGGGCCAUCGUGGACCAAGAUCCAGCGGGAUCCAAAGUACAACUUCUCCAGUCGACAGCCUACCGAUCUCCGUGACAGAGUCAGAAACAAGUAUCCAGAUGUCUACAACCAGAUCGAAAAGGGCACUCUCCAGAUUGCAGAUGCCAGCCGCAGGAACAACUUGCUGGAGCCAUCAGUCAACACAACCAUCGAGAAGUCGCUAGCUUCUGCCAGUACAAAUCCGUUAGAGCCACAGCUGAACCGAUCUGGGUCUAAGGAAGAGAUGGCGCGAUGGACAACAGCCUCGAGCUACUACGAGUCCACGGACUCUUUGCCCGGUCUCACUGGUGUUUUUGAUAUGAAUAACGAGACCGGAGGAUCGGGAAUCAAUAUUGGGCGGCUGCUACUGGACGACCCCCAGGCGGUCGGCGACCAGAUGAGGCCUGAUGGCACGUCUAGCAGUGCCUCGCCAGCAGCGGAUCCUCGCAUACCACAGAACAGAUGA